GCGGUCACGAGGAAUUAGUGACGUGAAUACUUGCGGAAGCACAGAGUGGAAUGUUGAUACAUUGUUGUUGUUUUGUAGUUAAUUUAGUACGGGGAUACAUUUCGGGUUCGACUGCUGGACGCCUUUCAGAAUCGCGACAAGUAACUUCCACCCGUAUAGGACGGCAACUUCACAAGCUUUACGCUUUGCAGACGGAGAAUAUCCGCGUUCAUAAGUGUUGACGUCUGUGGGAUUCUGGCCAGUUUAUGCAUGCAGGGUAUGACGACUCAGUUUAAAGCAAACAAGACUUUAAAGGUUAAGAAGGAGGUGGGUGAGAAUGCCCCGGCCCUCAGUGAUGAUGAGCUGGUGGUCAUGUCGGUGCGCGAGCUCAACACACACCUGCGUGGGCUGACCAAGGAGGACGUGGUGCGGCUGAAGCAGCGGCGGAGGACCUUGAAGAAUCGCGGCUAUGCCGCCAGCUGCCGCAUCAAGCGGGUCACCCAGAAGGAGGAGCUGGAGAGGCAGAAGCAGGAGCUGCAGCACGAGGUAGACAAGUUGGCCCGGGAGAACGCCAGCAUGAGGCUAGAGCUGGAUGCCCUACGCGCCAAGUAUGAGGCCCUGCAGUGCUUUGCCCGGACUGUCACAUGUGGUCCUCUCUCACCAGGCAAGGUGGCCACCACCAGCGUUAUCACCAUCAUCAAGUCUACUAACAACCACAACUCCAGCCCAACCUCCUUCUCAGCCCCCUCCUAGUGCUGACAGGACUGGGCUCUCGUCUCCCCGUCCCGCCUGGUCCUUACCGGUUCCGACCCGAUCCAGCCUGAAACCAAUGGCACCCGACCCAUGCUGAGAGGAAGCUCAGUAAUUUGACUGAGGGAAGGGGGUGGGGUGGCCACUAGCUCUGUGGGAUGAUAACAACAUGAUGCUGCAUUCAUUCUCUACUCUCUUUCUCUCACAUACUGUACAUAAUCUACAUUGUCUGUGCACUGUGCCACAACCUCCCCAGCACCGGCAGGGCAUUGGGCCUCUCUGACUGACGGCAGAGUGGGUACUUGAUAUUAUACCCUGUGAUGGCAGCACUGGUCUGAGACCGCUCUGAUGCCUGUGGUAUCUUGCAUUUACAGAGUAUAAAGUAAUAUAUUAUUGUAAUAAUUACCGUAUUAAUACAUUAUGAAUAUUUAAAAUAACACAAAAAAACGCUGAUCUAAGCCUAAAAGCCUUCUUUCUUCUGUAUAUGAGAGUAUAUACUAAUGUCUCAAUGGAAAUUGAGGCAUUGAAGCUUUUGCCUUAAACUGAUCUAGGAAUGAUCUCUCAGUAAUAUUCUUUUUUUUGUCACACUCAUACAGUAUGUUAAAUAAUUUAAGCUUUUAUAUUUCCAAUUUCAAGGGCAGCUUGAAAACUGUAAAAAAAACUAAAAAACAAUACAGUGGGGCAAAAAAGUAUUUAGCCAGCCACCAAUUGUGCAAGUUCUCCCACUUAAAAAGAUGAGAGAGGCCUGUCAUUUUCAUCAUAGGUACACUUCAACUAUGACAGACAAAAUUAGAUUUUUUUUUGCUCCAGAAAAUCACAUUGUAGGAUUUUUAGUGAAUUUAUUUGCAAAUGAUGGUGGAAAAUAAGUAUUUGGUCACCUACAAACAAGCAAGAUCUCUGGCUCUCACAGACCUGUAACUUCUUCUUUAAGAGGCUCCUCUGUCCUCCACUCGUUACCUGUAUUAAUGGCACCUGUUUGAACUUGUUAUCAGUAUAAAAGAAACCUGUCCACAACCUCAAACAGUCACACUCCAAACUCCACUAUGGCCAAGAACAAAGAGCUGUCAAAGGACACCAGAAACAGAAUUGUAGACCUGCACCAGGCUGGGAAGACUGAAUCAGCAAUAGGUAAGCAGCUUGGUUUGAAGAAAUCAGCUGUGGGAGCAAUUAUUAGGAAAUGGAAGACAUACAAGACCACUGAUAAUCUCCCUCGAUCUGGGGCUCCACGCAAGAUCUCACCCCGUGGGGUCAAAAAUGAUCACAAGAACAGUGAGCAAAAAUCCCAGAACCACACGGGGGGACCUAGUGAAUGACCUACAGAGAGCUGGGACCAAAGUAACAAAGCCUACCAUCAGUAACACACUACGCCGCCAGGGACUCAAAUCCUGCAGUGCCAGACGUGUCCCCCUGCUUAAGCCAGUACAUGUCCAGGCCCAUCUGAAGUUUGCUAUAGCGCAUUUGGAUGAUCCAAAAUAAGAUUGGGAGAAUGUCAUAUGGUCAAAUGAAACCAAAAUAUAACUUUUUGGUAAAAACACAACUCGUCGUGUUUAGAGGACAAAGAAUGCUGAGUUGCAUCCAAAGAACACCAUACCUACUGUGAAGCAUGGGGGUGGAAACAACAUGCUUUGGGGCUGUUUUUCUGCAAAGAGACCAGGACGACUUAUCCGUGUAAAGGAAAGAAUGAAUGGGGCCAUGUAUCGUGAGAUUUUGAGUGAAAACCUCCUUCCAUCAGCAAGGGCAUUGAAGAUGAAAUGUGUCUGGGUCUUUCAGCAUGACAAUGGUCCCAAACACACCGCCUGGGCAACGAAGGAGUGGCUCCGUAAGAAGCAUUUCAAGGUCCUGGAGUGGCCUAGCCAGUCUCCAGAUCUCAACCCCAUAGAAAAUCUUUGGAAGGAGUUGAAAGUCUGUGUUGCCCAGAAACAGCCCCAAAACAUCACUGCUCUAGAGGAGAUCUGCAUGGAGGAAUGGGCCAAAAUACCAGCAACAGUGUGUGAAAACCUUGUGAAGACUUACAGAAAACGUUUGACCUCUGUCAUUGCCAACAAAGGGUAUAUAACAAAGUAUUGAGAAACGUUUGUUAUUGACCAAAUACUUAUUUUCCACCAUACUUUGCAAAUAAAUUCAUAAAAAAUCCUACAAUGUGAUUUUCUGGAUUUUUUUUCUAAUUCUGUCUGUCAUAGUUGAAGUGUACCUAUGAUGAAAAUUACAGGCCUCAUCUUUUUGAGUGGGAGAACUUGCACAAUUGGUGGCUGACUAAAUACUUUUUUGCCCCACUGUAUAUAUUUGAUAACUGACCAAGUAUGUUUAGCUGGAUGAACCAGGCCCUUUUGACAUUGGAAAACUUUUAUCUGGUUUAGACUGUAGAUUCAACGUGCAGGUAUAUAGCAUUAUAGCAUAGCCUACAUUUUAGAAUACAAACAUACUCAUGGGUUGUCCUCCUUACAGCUGAGGAACUAAAUCUACAGUACAAGUAAAAUACAAAUUAGGCUACAUCAGACAAAUUUCCAGAUCAUUGAACGGCACUUACUAUGAAACUGUUAGAUCACAGUGUAAAAGUACCAAAAUCACUUGCUUUGCAAAUGUUACAAAUCGUAUAGCUGCAAAUUUACAUCUAAAAUCAUAGGACACCUGAAGCAUCUUUUUGUGAAAUACCGCAUUCCAUUCUGGUAUUACUUUAGCAAUGGGAGAUUGUAUGAUGCUGAUCAUAGUUUGUGGUCUAUCCCAGAAUUGCUGAAGUUGCAGCCAGUUUAUAACUAUUUUAUGUUAUUAAGACGAGCACUUACCUAUGAUCUUUUGCCUCUGAACUAUCCUCUCCAUGCAAUGCCAUAUUUUAUGGUAGGUAAUCCAUAUUGGAUGUAGUGAUAAUGGGAGCUGCCUUGACAAAUGAAAUGCAAUUCAAUGAAUUCCUGUAUAUUAUAGCCUUAAGCUAGAACCUUUUAGUUUCAAUGCAAGAGAAGGAAAAUCAAAGCUCUCAACUGCCUCCUGUCACUUGACAUAAAGAACUCCGUCCUCUUAGAAAUCAUUCCUACUGUUGGGUCGUCUGAAAGUGCUGCUGCCGGUGUUGGUAACUCUGAAACAGUAGACAUUGAACAUAUGCUUUUGACACAGACUCUUGGGUAAGAGGAAUCCUGGUAUAAAACUCAAGAGAAAAAAAAACUCUAGGAAUGGUGUCAUGACCACAUUCAAUGGCACAUUAGCUUCAAAUGUUACCCAUAAACAAGCACAGGUUGAGUAUACUUUUUGAUGGUUAUAAGUUUCCGUUCUAGAUACUUAUCUAGAAUCUAUAAUUCUUGCAUUUCAGUCCUUAUCGAAGUUAGUCACGAGUGAAGUCUAGAGUUGGCUCUUGUCACGGUUUUCUCUUACCCCCAGUGGACAUGACUUUUCCUCCUCCCCUGUUUCUUAGCUAUAAAGAUCACGAAGGGGGACUUAGCUGCUGCAUGGCUCUCUGCUAUUUCAGGCAGGGCCAUUGCUGUGCUCUUAUCAUUCUCAUGUUGUGUUUUCAUUUGGUAUAUUUGUUACUACACCUUAAUUCCUGUGUUUUUAUAUGUGUGUAUUUUUCUAUAAUUGUUGCUUUAUUAUAGGGAUAUUAAAUACCUGGGAGUGGUGUGAUCUUGUUAUCAUCCUCUGACGUAAAAUGAUUCUUAUUUUCUGGCCUAUUUCAGCAGGAUAGUUCAAUUAUUAUCUAUAGCAUCAAUUAAAUCAUAAGGAAUCUAUUCUGCGGACUUUAUAGUUGUAUUUGUGUCUUUUUAAGGUCAGUUCAUAAUUAUUACCUGCAAACUACCCUCGUCUAGUCUGCAAAUUAGGCUCUGUGUUUACACUCACGGCUGUUUUAGAGUAGGUGGAUUGGGUAUAUUUUUAUGGGAAAGACUUACUUUGGUAGCGAAUUGCCAUAUGCCCACAUGCUAUUAUAAGGAAGUUACGUUUGUAUCACAUUGCUAAACUCCAAGACUUUUGAAGUUUGAGUUGAUGCUUUUGUGACAGCUAUGAAACAGAUACAAGUAUUUCAAUUUGGAGGAGAAUAUACAGCAGAAUGCUAGUUAUGAAAUGAAUGUUGAGGAAGAGAAAACACUUGAAAUAUUUAGCACCCUUUUCUGAACUUUACACUGACCUCUGCUGGUAAUCUUUAUAAAUGCUGUGAAUAAGCACAUUAUUGACCAAAUUGUUUUGGAGACUUGCAAUCCAAUUGCAUAUCAAUUUAAGAAUUUUAUCCAUUUAGUUAUUGCUUUCAAUUUCAUUCAAUUCUGUUGUAAACAAAGCCACAAUACUGUCUAUAUAUUAUUGUAUGACUCAUAUUCGAGUGCAAAACAUAUACUUUUGUGUCAAAAUAAACAUCCAACAAGGUUGAUGAAUUUCUAUGUACCCCAAGCUGCAUUUUCCUCCCUAGUUGUAUUAAAACUCACUAAAGGUUCAUACACAUCUACACAUGGCUCUGGCAGCUGAAGAUGGAGUAUGGAAGCACUAGUAGUUAUGCUCUUCCUGCACAGCAGGUGGCUGUGUUAUCCCUCAGUACCCUCGAUCUAGAAAUAAAGAACUUUGCUCCUAGAGUUUGAUUUAACAUUGACGACGGCAAAUUCAUAUGCACAGGGCACUGUAAUGAAACUGCUAGCAACUAGAGGGCAAUGUAGAUAAGAUGUAUUUCUGCCAUGGUUGAUUGCAUCUUCUCUGAUAUGAGCCAUUAUAAUGCAACGGUAAGGUAAUUGGAUAGAUGGUUCAGAAAGCAAGUGGGCACUUUUAAAUGUUUAUCUUGUACAUUUUGCUAUAUGUUGCCUUUUAGACUGGCGCGGUUAAAUUAUUAUGUUCUUCACCUGAUUUAUAUCUACGUUAUGUUUUAUGUAGGCCUACACAUCUUUCCUAUAUUUGCUCUGUCAGUCCUAUUUACCAUAAACGCACAUAGAACAUACAUGUUAAAUCUCCUAUGUUCAGCAGAUAUACUUAUAAAUUAGUUUUAAAAAAGUUCCAUGACAUAUAAAGUAUGCUGCUCCAAAUUAGUACUUUGUACAAGUCAACAUUCAAAUGAGUAAACAUGGUGGUGGUGGUGGGUGAAAGAAUAACAGUUGUAAUACAAUGGAUGUUAUACUUUCACUCACCAUCUUCCACCUUGUAUGACACAAUUGUAUGUUAACUUU